UGGAGUGCUCUUCGAGUGGGGCGUCAUGGCUCGUAUUCAGUUGAACGACUCGAAAGUCUAGAUCAUUAUUGCAAAACCACAUCAAGAACUCGAGUCGCCUCGGUGUGCCUACUCACACCACUACCAGCGUUAACAACGGCAGCAUUGUUGGAGUGCUUGUCAUUGCGACCUCCAUCUGAAGGUUGGCGAGCAAAUUGGAUGUUCUGGAUUCGUCUGAGCUUGACA